GUCAGAGUUCAUAAGAAGAGCUGCGGUGUGCGUGUGUUGCGCUCGUGCCGGGUUUUUAAACAUUGCUUUAUUUUGGAACUGGUGGCCAUCUAGUUUUAUUUGAUUCGCAAAGAUGGCCUCAGAUUCAGGCUACGGGCAUCAUGGAGCUCAACAAAGCUAUGGAUCUUAUGGUGGAUCCCAAGGUUAUCAAGGCGGACAGCAGGGAUAUGGUCAAGGCAAUGGAAGCAGCUCUUAUGGUGGUUCUGGGCAAUCUGGUGGUGGAGAAAGUUAUGGCCAGUCGGCUCCAGGAUAUUCCUCUGGCUAUGGUCAACAACCACCGCAGCAGCAGGGCUAUGACAGCUAUGGACAGCAGGGCUCUGAAUCCUCACCUGGCUUCGGUGGAGAGAAGUCGUAUGGCCAGCAGUCUGUAGGUGGAAGUGCCGGAGGGUAUGGUCAGUCCGGUGGCUCGUAUGGGGGUUCUCAAGGUGGCUACGGACGACGCAACGAUGGUGAUACCCGGAGGUAUGGUGAUGAUGGUGGCUCAGAUCGGUCUGAGGGAUACAGGGGCAGGGGACGUGGGGGUUAUGAUCGUGGCGGUUAUGACCGUGGUGGCUUUGACAGAGGUGGCCGAGGCGGCCCACCCUCCGGUAUUGGUGGUGGUGACCGCGGUGGCUACAAAAAUUACGGUGGACCCAGAGACUAUGGUCAAAAGGAUGACGGAGAUGACCAGGAUAACUCGGACAAUAAUACCAUCUUUGUCCAAGGUCUUGGAGAAGAUGUCACCACUCAGGAAGUGGGAGACUUCUUCAAACAGAUAGGAAUCAUCAAGGUGAAUAAGAAGACGGGCCAACCCAUGAUUAAUCUAUACUCUGAUAAAGCCACUGGUCGACUGAAGGGUGAAGCCACAGUGUCAUUUGAUGAUCCUCCCUCGGCCAAAGCUGCCAUUGAGUGGUUUGAUGGAAAAGAAUUCAAUGGAAGACCUAUUAAGGUGUCGUUUGCUACAAGAAGGGCUGAGUUCAGCCAUAGAGGAGGAGGCGGCGGCGGCGGUGGUGGCGGGCGAGGCCGUGGUGGUUUUCGAGGAAGGGGCAGUGGCGGCUUCGGUGGUGGUGGUCCCUCGUUUGAUGUAAGAGGAGGAGACUGGCCUUGUCCCAACAGCUCCUGUGGCAACAUGAACUUUGCCCGAAGAUAUGAGUGUAACAAAUGUGGAGCACCUAAACCAGAAGGUGAAAGUCAUGGAGGAGACCGUGGUGCUCGGGGCGGAUAUGGAGGUGACCGCGGGGACCGUGGCGGCUUCAGAGGCGGAAGAGGAGGUGGAGGUUUCAGGGGUGGUGACCGUGGAGGCUAUGGUGGUGGCGGCUACAAAAUGGGUGGAAGAGGAGACCACAGAGACGAGAGACGAGGACGACCAUACUGAAGACUUUGUGGAUUCCAAAACUUUGCUAUGGGGGGGUGGAUAUUGGAAGGGUUUGAAAGGGUAAUGGGGAGAGGUUUGUGUUUGCAUACCUUUCCUUUGCAUGAACGUCCUACGUACUGUCGGAAAUGAGCAGUUUUUUUCCCCCCCAUUAAUGUUGAAUCUACUGUGAGGGGCCAUGGAAGUAGAAGGGAUCGUAUUUUGGACUCUUUCAAUAAAUUGAGACCUGUCAGGGGAAUUGCUAAAACUGGCAUCAGAUCAGCUUUAAUUGGUAAUUUUGCUCUAGCUGAAUGGAGGGGGGAGGGGCCAGAUGUUAUUUGUUAAUUUUUAAUUUACUGACUUGUAGAAUCUGGUAUUUAGUGUGUGAUUUGUGAAAUGCUUAAUAUCAUUGUUUUGUAAAAUCAACAUGAAAUGUUUUACUUAGGGUUUUCUUUUUGCAAAUAUUAAAACACUUGUGAUCUUAA